UUGAUCAAAAGGACAAGGCACUGCUGGAACUGCUUAGUAAUGGAAAAGGGAGCCUUCAUUAUGCAAAGAACCUCCUGGAAUUUAGUGGAAACCCUACUGCUUUUCCUGACACAAGACCACCAUGGUGCACAUGUGGAGUAUGCCAACCUAUGCCAACUGAAGAAGAAAAUAAAUGUUGCAAAGUCAAAUGUGUCACAUCAUUUAUUACAUUUCAAAACACUUGCACAGACAGGGAUGUGUUGUCAUGGCUAUUCGAGGAAGGUGUGACAUUAGGGCAGAGGAACCAGACUGCUUAUCGCCAGUACAUAUUAUGGCGAUAUAAGAAGUUGGGUAGAGGGAACCGAAGGGUGUGCCCAUCUUGUGUUGUAAUGGCAAUAAGACACAUAUACCCUGCUGAUGAUGGUGUUUACAUGGGAUUCAAAAGAGCACGAUCACUAUCUCCAUAA